AUGGCAUGUCACGGAGACGAUAUCAUUGCAGAAGGAACAGCUGCAGACCUUGAUAGGCUAGAUGAGAUCAUGAAAAGGCGCUUUGAAGUCAAGGUACUUCCUCGGAUUGACGAUCCCAGCUAUGGAGGGGCCGUGGCCGAAGGCAAGCGUUUGAACAGGAUCAUCCAAUGGUCUGAUAAAGGCUUCUCCUGGCAGGCUGAUCCCAAACAUGCAGUUGAGCUUGUGAGAGAGCUCGGCUUGGAAGGCAGCAAAGGUGUCGAAACACCUGCAAGCAAGGACGCUGGCAGGAAUGAACGGCACGCUGAUGAUCCCUUGUCCUCAUCAGAUGCAAGAGAGGCGGAGUAUUACGCGUUGACUCGUGGAAGCUCAGCUGGACUCGUGGUGAAGAGAGCGCUGCAAGAAGUGCAGCGAGGCACUGCGCAGACAUGUCUCACUGACUCUACAGCAUGCAAAGGAAUCGCGCACAGGCGCGGUGUUGGAAAGGUGAAACACCUUUCGUUGAAAGAGCUUUGGCUCCAAGAUGCUGUGGAGAAAGGUGAGCUGAAAGUGAAGAAGGAAAAGACUUCCGAGAACUGGGCUGACUUGGGCACAAAGAUCUUGGAUGCACCCCGAGUGGCAGAGCUAAUGAGCAAGAUGCCCCUGUUCAGAAGGGGCUUAGUGGGGGUCGCGGCGAUUUCGUCGCAGACAGAGAAGAUCGAGAUGGAAGAAGGCUUCUUUGCGGUCGAUCCGCCAUCCCACGCUGCGGGCCGGUUAGAAAAGAUCUCGGAGGAGUCCGAGGUUGUUGAGUUUCGGAAGUUCCAGGGUUGUCAACCAAAUCGCUCGAGCAUCGAUCGGACCUGGAUCAGGUGCGCUGUGAAGAUGGCACACCAGGAUGGGAUUGGGCUGGAGUGGAGUUUGGAUCAGAUUGGGUGCUUUCUCCAGCAACAGCUAGACGUGGUGGCGUGA